AUGGGAUCCUACAAGCACAAGAAGAAGCCGUCUAACCGCAACAACAGCUGGGUUAUGCUCGCUGAGGGCAGCGGGUACACACCCCUUCCCGGCGAGACGACGCUGUACCAGAGCCCGCCGCGCACCACGCUCAGCCUGCAGAGCCCGAGCCGGAACACACCCGCCGAGGCGUACAGUCUGCAGUGCAAGUCGGGCGUUAUAUAUCUUACGAAUCGGAGGAUAAUCUAUCUUCCCGUCUCCCCUACUCCCACCUUCACCUCCUUCGCCGUCCCCAUUCUCAACGUCUCCGACUCCCGCGUCACCGCCCCCUGGUUCGGCGCAAACAAAUGGGAAGCCGCCAUCACCCCCGUCUACAACGGCGGCAUCCCCGCCUCGCACUCUGCGCUCGAACUCGUAAUGGAGUUCAAGGAGGGCGGCGCCUUCGACUUCGCCACCACCUUCGAGCGGCUCCGCGAGCGGCUGCGGCACGCUGUCGAUGUCGCUGCGUCGGUGGGAUCCGCGGGCGACGGGGUCGAAGGAGACGGCAGGGGCGGGGGUGCGUUGGCCGGGGUCAAUCUGAGUGGUGUGCAUCUGGAGGAUUUGCCCGCCUAUGAGGAGCGUGGCGCGAGCGUGAGGGUGCCGGACAAUCUACCGAGUCCGCCGUUGGGGAGGGGUAGCGUGGGGACACAAGGUACAGGCAGCACGGCGAACAGGAGUAGUCCAAUGGGCAGCCCGAGGCAGGAGGGUUUCCAGGAACCACCGUCAGAGCCGCCGCCGGGGUACGAGGAGGUGCAGAGGGGGGGCGUGGCGGAUGAGCUGGAGAGGAGGCUGAGGGGAAGCGUUUGA